AUGGCAGAGCUGGCACUGGCUGUUAUUCCCCUGGGAAUAACAGUUACAUCUGGUCUCGUGAAGUACCUGAAAACCUUCAACGAUCACGAUGACGAUCUUGCUCGACUUGUACGUCAGGCUGAACGCUUUGAAAGCACGUUUCAAUCACUUGAAGGUGUUUUAAAACGUUCCCAGCUUAACCCAGAACUUUCUAUCUCAUCAUCAGAGGCUUCUGUUUGUCUCAGAGAAUGCCAAAAGGUAUUGGAAGAACUGGACACCCUUCAACAGAAGAUCUUUGCAACCACUACCAGCGCCGCGGCGACGACUCCUCACGUGCGUACAAAAAACAAGAUCAAAGGCGGAUGCAAGAAGCUUAUGUAUCCGCUACGAAGAUCCGAUAUCGAAGCUCUACAAGGAGCUUUGAAUGGGCUUUCAACAACGCUCACUCUAGCUCUAGGAAUGCUUCAUCUAGAUGAAGAAUUUUUGACAAGAAAGAUUUUGAAUGAGCAAAUGGUCGAGAUUCAGAAGAACAAAAUCGUCAGCUCCAAUAUAUCGACCGAUAUCAAAGAACUACGCCAACCUAUCUCGGAAAUCGGGUCGAGCCUCCCCGUUCUCCAGACUUCCGUUGAUGCUAUUGUUCCCCAUUUCGACCAGAGGUUUGACCAGAUUUCUUACCAGAUUUCGUACCAGAAUGUCCAGAUGCAAGCUCAAAUCGAAUCACUUCUCGAAAUAGCCGGGCCUACAAGAUAUCAGGAUCGCCUCAGGACAAACCAGCAGCUUUCAUACAGUCGCUCUGGAGGGGAAGGCACCCAUCUUGCGGCCCGUGAGAUUGAACAGGAAUUGCAUACGCUUUCCAAAAGAGCUGAUUCGGUAUCGACGUGUUCAUGCCAGCUACGACGCGUGCGUCAGACCAAAAGGUUUGCUCUGGGGCCUGUGCAUUUCUUCGAAGAGAUGUUAUCCAAUUGCCGUCAUGAGAGAGACUGUGACUUCUUCCUCAUGUCAUCAGACUACGAAAAGACACGAACCAUUAGUUUUACUAGCUUGACUUCCUUCUUGAAAAAGGGGCUUGAAGUAUCAUUCACUACUCGCGCUCGGACAGGGACACUCAGUAUCAGCCCCUCUUUUACUUACUUUCCAGUGGUUGAUUUGGACGUUGCUCCAGCAUUUUUAGUUAUCCGCUAUCUUCACGACGCAAUCGAGCUCAGGAGCAUUAAUGAGGCAAGAUCCAGAACAAUUCUGAGCGCGGCGCAGCGAAAGCUCCAAGAGUUGUUUUGCUCGGGAAGAGCAAGCCCUAAUGACGUAACCGAAGAUAGUCUUACCCUACUUCAUAUCCUAGGUCUCUCAACAUAUCCCUGGUUAAGAACUUUGCAAAGAGCAAAUUCUCCAUUCGUGCGCUCGACGUGUGAAGGCUUGCUCAAUUUUCUCGUUGCCGCAGGUACAUCUGUCACAGUUCGUAACCGUGUUGGAAUUUCGGCAUUACAUAUAGUAAUCAGUGGGACCUUUGUUCCCGCCUCUAUCUAUGGCCAGUUAAAUGCUGGGAACGACGUAGAAGAUCGCAGCGAUUUACAUAUAAGCUCCCCGAUUAAUAGGCGUGAACUUAUUGAUUAUUACGAUCAGAACCAGAGCGUGGCAAGGAGUAAGUUCCACUACCUUGUUCAGCCAUGUGCUGCCACCCUUCCUGUGAUCUCAGAAGGCUUAUGGUACGAAUUAGUUCACUACGGCCCUCUAGGCUUAGCAGUCAUUCGAAACAAUUUACCAGAAGUGGAGCGACUCAUCUCCCUGCAUCCGCAUAUGCUCAAGGAGGUAAGUCACUAUGGGGAGACACCGUUGCACAUAGCCAUCUACAGGCUGGAUAUUCUGGAAGCACUGGCCAAGGAAGCAAAUUCCGAAGUUUGGAUUCAAUACACCGAUGAUGGCGCGACCGUUCUUAACCUUGCAAUACAAAUCAGUCAUGAGAUUUGUAAAUCGGAAGAAAAUUUGGAUGUUUCAUGUUGUCCUUGUACAUUACCGCUUCGGGUCAUUUUAGCCGCCGGAUGUCCCAUUAUACCUCACCGCGAUUUCCGUCAAGGCUGUCAGCUAUAUGUUCCAGAACGCUCCUUCUCUGAAGCUUCUCUCCACUGCAGAACACUUCUGGCAAAAGAGCUGCACAGUCGCCGUUGGCAGCUGCGUGACUUGGCCCGAAACAAGCUUUCAAUCACAGAGUUCAGCAACUUUACAGCUCUGGAGGAAGUACCCGACAUUGACGCCAUCGCGAUGGAUGGGUUACUUCGCCAAAAAGGGAUUCUUGGUCUGGGGCCCCUCUCGACUUUCGUUGAUGAAGACCUACCUAAACAGCCUUGUCGAGAUGUCGGCUACUAUUCUAGAUCCAUAUUCUUUGAUCUUGGAAACCCAGAAGAUGCAGAACUCUUCCUUGACUGUGACUUCAAGUUAAUCUGCGCCGAUCAGCAUCAUGACUUUUCACUGGACAGGGCACUCUUCAACAGGUUUCCGUCAUGGUCCCGUUCCAUUUCACUCGACUACGCAAUAUGGCUAUUUGAUCAUCAAGCCCCUUUAUGGAAAUGGAGUUCCAGGUUCACUAGCCCGAUGCCUUCUAUUUUCGUUCUUGCCGAUAUUCUCGGUAUACAAGACUACAAAUGUCCUGGCCAAGACAACACAAAGGACAAGGGAGAGCAUUAUCUGUCCAAAUCGGUUUUGCUCGACAAUUGCUCUUGCCUGUGUUCACCUGAUGGCUGUACCCCCUUCACCUCAAGAAUGAAGUGGCUGGCACACCCCUAUCAGCAGGCUGAAGACCUCACACCUCAAGAUUAUGCCACGCGUUUCGGCUCUUAUGUGGAAAUAUAUGGCAGAAGCCUGAACCUAGGCCAUCACAUCAUCAUGGUGCGACAAGCAACAUUUGCUGCUCUAGAUCUAAAGCACACGUGUUUAGAUAGGCCUGGGUAUAGUCGUUGGCCGGGUCAUCCCCAUCAGAUGUACCUUCUGGAUCCAGUGACACAACUGGAACCAGAUGAGAUGGAGUUCGAGAUUUUCAAUGUAGAUGUGGAGGCAAUGAAUCAGUUGGAGGAGGUGGUCGUCUUGUUUCAGGACUUUGUGCUAACCGGGCGCCAAACGACUAUGUCGAGCAAGAGUGCUAGUUUUGAUAUCGACCAUUCAGCAUUCAAUGAGUUGAGUACCCUUGGCAUAGACGACCUUUACCACCAGCGAAUUUUGGAAUUCUGGCAGCACAUAUGGGCAAAUAGCAUGCAGGCUGCGUUGGAUACUGUGGCCAAAAGGUGGGAUCAUAAGCUGGAUGGAGUGAACGAUUUUGUCCAAAUUGCAACUUGUGAGGAGGCAAUACAAGAAACAAGAGACAACCUUGAGGAGGGCGAUGAUGAUGAUGAAAUUUUCAACAGGUUUAUCCAACGGAUUCAGGAUAUCUAA